GCCUUGGCCAUUAAUUUGGGUGCCCGCCCUUGCCCUUGCCCUUUCGCCUGUUGGGGAGCUGAGCUGAGUUGAGUGUGUGUUUGCGCGCCUGAAAGUGGAAAAGAAAGAGAGAGAGAGAACGAUCUGUUUGUUAUCGGAAUGCAGGGGGAGACGGUGGAGGACGAGUUUUUGGUGUGGAAAAAGAAUACGCCGUUGCUCUACGACCUCGUGAUAUGUCACUCCCUCGAAUGGCCGUCCCUCACCGUCGAGUGGUUGCCCUCGCCGCCUUCCGCCUAUGCAGGAGAUCUCGCCGUCCACAAAUUGAUACUCGGCACCCACACGGCUGAUGGUGUCCCCAAUUAUCUCAUGCUCGCCGACGCCUACCUCCCCUCCGACCCUUCCACCGCCCUUGUAGUCGACCCGGAGCAAUCUGUCAUUCCCAAGGUGGAUAUAGUUCAGAAGAUGAGAGUUGAUGGAGAAGUGAAUAGAGCUCGGUGCAUGUUACAGAACCAAGCUAUAAUUGCAGCCAAGACCAAUGGUAUGGACGUAUAUGUAUUUGACUCUACUAAACAGCCAGAUGAGAAAGGGAAUGCUUGUAAGCCAGACUUGACCUUGAAGGGUCACAACAAAGAAGGAUAUGGUUUGUCAUGGAGUUCUUUUAAAGAAGGCUAUCUCUUGAGUGGCUCACAUGAUUGCAAAAUUUGCUUGUGGGAUGUUUCUGCAAUGCCUCAACAGGAAGUGCUUGAAGCAAAGUGUAUUUAUGAGGGUCAUGAAAAUAUUGUUGAGGAUGUGGCUUGGCACUCAAAGAACGAACACUUGUUCGGCUCAGUGGGAGAUGAUUGCAAACUCAUUAUAUGGGACAUUCGCACGAACAAGUUACAGCACUCGGUUGUUGCGCAUGAAAAGGAGGUGAACUAUUUGUCUUUCAAUCCGUUUAAUGAGUGGAUUUUGGCGACUGCCUCCUCUGAUACAACUGUUGGCCUGUUUGAUAUGCGUAAUCUAAGUUCUCCGGUGCAUGCCCUUGGCAGUCACACGGAAGAGGUGUUCCAAGUAGAGUGGGAUCCUAACCACGAGACUAUAUUGGCAUCUUGCGCUGAUGACAGAAGGUUGAUGGUUUGGGACCUCAAUAGUGUGGGGGAUGAGCAGCUGGAAGGGGAAGCUGAAGAUGGGCCGCCUGAGCUCCUCUUCUCUCAUGGUGGCCACAAGGCGAAGAUUACAGACUUCUCAUGGAACAAGAAUGAUCCAUGGGUCAUAUCCAGUGUAGCAGUGGACAACACGGUACAUGUAUGGCGGAUGGCAGAGAGCAUCUACCAUGAUAGAGAUGAGAUGAGAUGAGGGGGUGGGGUGGGGUGGAUGACAUCUAUGAAGCAGCAGCAGGCUCACUUGAUUCUUGAAUUCAGACUUGUAAUGAUGCAAGGGGCUGCACCUCAUGUCAUGCACGCAUUUUAUUGCCCCUUAGAAACUUUCUCGGUGGUUUGUUAGUUAGUAUGCAUACCUGAAUUCAGAAAAUAUAUUGAAGUCAUAUUCUGUUGGUGUGAA